AAAAAUUCAGCAAAAAACUCAGUCAGUUCGAAGGAAAUGAAGCUAACGCAGAGGCGGUCAAAAAGAAGUUCAAAGACAUUUUAGGAAGGGUGCCGGUCGGGGGUUAGUGGGUGUGGCCUGUGCGCGGAGUGGCGCUGCGCAUGCGCCUCGCAGAGGCGGUUAGAUUUAAAUACUUCCUGAGCUUGGCGGGUCGUUGUGAGGUGACGUCUGCCGGACGAGCGCGCGAACCCCAACAAGCGCGAAAAAAAGUUUUCAAGAAUGGAUGGAAUAUCUUCAGAGAUGACUGAAGAAAAAGACAAUAUAACCAGACCUGUUAGAAGACGGCAUUCCUCAAUUUUGAAACCACCAAGGAGUCCUCUUCAGGAUCUUCGAAGUGGAAAUGAAACAGUUCAGGAAUCUAGUACUUUAAGAAAUAGAAAGAGCUCUCGUCGUGUCAGCUUUGCAGAUACUAUAAAAGUAUUCCAGACAGAAUCUCACAUGACAACAGUGAGAAAAUCAGAAAUUACAGAGACAGAAGCAAGAGAAAAUAUUCUGAAUAUACAGAAUAAAGAUUCAGAUGAUAAUUAUUGUGAGAUUACUGGAAUGGACACCCUGCUUUGUGCUCCCAUUCAGAUACAACAAAAAGAGCUUUCCUUUAUAGAGCACAACUAUGAAAGGAAACAGGCAAAUGACCAGACAGUCAUCUUUUCAGAUGGAAACCAGAUGGACCUUACCGCAAGUCACACCGUGCUUAUUACUAAAGGCCUUUUGGAUUAUUCUGCGAGUGAAAAAUCCAUGAAGAUAGAUACCACAUCCUUUCUCGCUAACUUAAAGCAUAAUGCUGAGACUUCAACAAUGAAAAAUGAAUUAAAAUGUUCCAUGAGUCAAAACACUUCCCCAGCAAAGAAAAUAAAUUGGAAUGACUUCAUAACAAGAUUGAAAACAGGAAAAUACCUUGCUUCUUCUACAGGACCUGAUAAAGAAAAUUCUGAGAUGCUUACUUAUUCCAAAGAAUCAAAUAGUACAGCUUCUACACAUCAAAUGCAUGUAUCUGCUAAUGUAGAUGAGAAUGGUAGUAACAGGACUAGAAUCUUCAGUGAACAGGAUGAUGGGAUGAAUUUCACCCAGUGUCAUACAGGCAAUAUUCAGACUUUGGUUCCCCCAUUCAGUAAUGCCAACUUAGGAGAGCUUAAAGGAGAUAUUACAAUUUAUGGCAAUGAAUGUAUGGACUUGACAACUAACCAUGUGAUACAGGUUUUGCCCUCAGCAACUAAUAUAUCUGAAAAAGAAAAUCAGACUCAGAAUGUCAUGAUGGAUGUUGCAACAGUUUGUGAGGCUAAAGCUCCAGAGAAGAAAUCAGUUCUUAAGGAUAAAUUAAAUGCUGCUUUUCAAGAUUCUUUUUUAAACCCUCAACAUAUUACUAGAAGUCAUAUCAUGGGGUCAGAAACUUGUACAGUUCCUCAGACUUGUAAACAGGAUGCUAGAACAUUGGCCAUGACAUCAGAAUCUCUAUGUUCUAGUCAAGUUAUUCAAUGUGAUAAGACAGCUUUUUUUUCUAGCUAUAAUGAUGCCAUGGAAGUAACCAUGUGUCUGUCAGGUAUGGCAGAGGAAAAAGCUUUGCUGAAGCAUGAUGGUAAUUAUUCUAAAACAUGCCCCAAUCCAGAUGCCAGCCCUCUUCCCACAGAGAAGACUAUCUAUUCAGGAGAAGAUAGCAUGGAUAUUACCAAGAGUCACACAGUUGCAAUAGAUAAUAAUAUUUUUAAACAAGAUCAGCCAAAUACAAAGAAAGAAAUAGCUAUAUCAAUAUCUGGAAAAGAAGUGAUGUUUCAGAAUCAAAUAACUGUGCCAGAAAAUGGGAAAAUGAACAUAAGUUGUAUCUCAGUUCCUCAAGUGUCUAAAGAAAGAUUACUGCAGAAUCCAAUGAAUUCCUUACCUAUUUCUGACAAAAAGACUAAACUCUUAGCAGGUGACUGUAUGGAUUUGACUGAAAGUUACAUAAGUAACUUAAGAAGCCGAACUCCUCUUGAAUCUUGUGAUCUAGCACCAGAGAACAUCACUAAAUCUCAUAGCAAAAGUCUUUCAGAUGAAUGGGAAAAAAUGACCAAAAGUCUUAUCCAGCCAACCCAACAACCAGACAAACACAUCUUAACUGACACCCAAUCCAAGGAAAAACAUCAAGUUUUAAAGAUUUCAUCUUGUCUUGAUAAAGAUUCUCCACCAGUUCAUUAUAAUGAAGACACAACAACAAACUAUAAUAGAGCCCACUGUGGUGAGCUUGGUAAACAGGUAGUGGUGGGACAUAAAGAACAAGGUCAGCAUUCUGAACUGCCUGAGCCACAGAAGAAAAAUUUAAAUGAGCCCACACUUGACUGUUUUCACGAUAAAAUAAUUUGUUCAGAGGAGGAACAAACUAUGGAUCUAACCAAGAGCCACACUGUUGUCAUUGGAUUUGGUCCUUCUGAAGUACAAGAACCUAGUGAUACUAAUUUAGGACACAGAACUAGCAAGCACACAACAGUAAGCAGUCAGAUUGCUGUAAAUGUUGAAAAAUGUGAUAAAAAUGCCCCAGGGAAAGCUAGAGUAAUAAUAACCAAUGAUAUGGCUGAGGUAGAAGACAGAACACAGAAACUUGGAUUUCUGAAGGAAAAGCAAAACAUCAACAAAAUCUGUAGGAGGAAAAGUGUUGGUGGACUAAAAAUUGAUAAAACUAUUGUAUUUUCAGAAGGUAAUGGGAAUGAUAUGGAUAUCACCAAGAGUUACACAGUGGAAAUAAACCAUAGACCAGUAUUAGAUAAACAUGACUCUGAGUUGAUGUUGUUAGCAGGAACUUCUAAAACAGCUUUGUAUGCCUGUGGGCAGGAUGAUAUGGAGAUCACUAGAAGUCACUCAAGUGUCUCAGAUUGUAGAACUGUCUCACCACAUGAAAAAACUUCCAAGCCUCUGGACAAGACUGUGAUGUUUGUAGAUGAUCAUGAUGAACUUGAAAUGACGAAGUCCCACACUGUCUUCAUUGACUAUCGAGCUGAAGACAAAACUGUACUUCCAGACAGACUUAACCUUGAACAAUCCAAAAGGAAGAGCCUGGGAGAGCCAAAAGUUACAUCUGCCCCUGCUGAAGAGAGUGUUUCCUUUUCAGGCAGUGGCUACCCAGCAGUAAAAGGUAGUCAGCUAACAGUGUUGGAAGAACGGUCUAGCAGUGGGCCUAGAAAGGAAGCUGCAACAUUUAUAGCUGAUAACACAGACGUAUCCAAAUUAACCACCAGGAAAAAUGUCAAAGAUCUACAAAAGCCUGGAUUUCUCAAUGAACUACUGUCAGGCAAAAGUCAGAGAAGAAAUAGCCUUGAGUUCAAGGAUGGCAAGACCAUUGAAUUUUCAGAGAAUGAUAAAAACAACAUAGAUAACCCCCAGAGUCCUAUGGUGGGAAUAAAUAAUAAAAUCACUCUGAGAGAGAGAGAGGACUUCAAUUUGGUGCCAUUAGCAGAAACUUCUAAAACAGCUUUGUAUGCCUGUGGGCAGGAUGACAUGGAGAUCACUAGAAGUCACUCAAGUGUCUCAGAUUGUAGAAAUGUCUCACCACAUGAAAAAACUUCCAGGCCUCUAGACAAGACUGUGAUGUUUGUAGAUGAUCAUGAUGAACUUGAAAUGACGAAGUCCCACACUGUCUUCAUUGACUAUCAAGCAGAAGACAAAACUGUACUUCCGGACAGACUUAACCUUGAACAAUCCAAAAGGAAGAGCCUGCGAGAACCAAAGGUUACAUCUGCCCCUGCUGAAGAGAGUGUUUCCUUUUCAGAAAAUAAUGAAAGUGUCCGUGUAGCAGCAAAAGGUAGUCAGCUAUCAAUGCUGGAAGAAGAGUCUAGUAAUAGGCCUAGAAAGGAAGCUGAUGAUCUGGAAGUCACCAAGUCCCACACUGUUUUCAUUGAUUGUCAAGCCACAGAAAUACUUCGUGAGUACCCUAAAUUUGAAAUAGCAACAGGAAAAAACUUGAAUCAUAGCUGUGCCCAAGAAAUCAUUAAAAAACAAACAGCAGUUGAACAAAAGCAUCUUAUGACAAUGCUUAUUCCUACACAUACAUUGUCUGGUGAGCAGAAUAAAACGGAAAUCAUAAAGUGCCAUAGAACUGAUAUAGAAGAGAAGGUCACAGGGAAAGACCAGGUCUGUGUAUUAGAAGAAGCUAAAACUGAAAGCUGCCACUUAAAUAGUACAGAGAGAAGAAAUGUGCAUCUUACAACCAGUCAUAUAGAUGCUGUUUGUGGAUCCAGUGAUAAUUAUUUCUGUUUACCAAAUGUUACUACUUCUGAUAACUUGGAGGGAAAUUCCAUAUCUUUUGCUGAUAAAAAUAAAGAGAAAGCCAAUAACUGCCAAGUGAAAAAUGAGCUUAUUAAUGUAGAUAAUUUAGCAAGUGGAUAUUGUAUAGUAUCUGAAAGACUGCCUCUCUUUGCAUCGUGUCCUUUGAAGGAAGAAAUUCAGACUACUUCUACACAACACUUAGACUCUGUCAUAACAGUACCGACAGAUCAGGAUAUGAUGAAGGGGCCUCAAAAUCAAACAUUAGUGUGUAGUCAAAAUCUGGAAGAGAUGGCUAAAGUUAAUAAGCGUGUGUCUUUUAAGCUCCCAAAUGAGCAAGUAAAUGUUUUUGUUGAUGACAUUUGUGUUGCUUCUCAGCCUCAUCUCUUAACCCAACAACUUCAACCAUUAAUUCAAAAAGGACAGAAUAUUGUCAAUAAAGAUGAAAUGACACUGUCUAAUGCUGGAAAUAAGACUUCAGCUUUUCUCAUAGAAAAGUCUUCUACACCUACAUGUGAAAAAGAAUCUAAAAUACUCAGUAAUGAGAAACACCUUAUUGUAUCUCAUAAAAAAGAACUGAAGGAAAGUAUCCAAAAAGCUAAAUGUAAUACAUCUGUAGAUUGCAUUAGUAACUUGGACUUGACUACACAAGUCAUUCAAACCCUUGCCAAUGAUGGAAAAGCAUCAGAAUCUACAGUCAUAUCUAAUGUUCCGGGCUCUAGUAUUGUCAGACCAAGUCUGAAUAAUUUCAAUGGAAAAACAGAAGAGAUUUUAGAUUUUCAAGCUGUUCAGUUGCUACCUCCUUCAGACCAGUUACUAGAAUUAGAAGAUAAAACACACAAUAAUAUGAGAGUGCAAGCUAUAGAAACACAUGACAUAGUCUCUAAUGAUGUUAAAGAUAAGAGAGAUGAAGAAACACAUACUGGAGUUGGAACUACUGCUGUCCCACCAAAGAGAGCUGUUAAAGACAAAAUGAGAAGAUGUUCUUUGGGAAUCUUUUUGCCCAAAUUGCCAAAUAAGAGAAAUUGUAGUGUCACUGGUACUGAUGACCUAGAGCAGAUUCCAGCAGAUUUAAAUUACUUAGAAAACCAGCCAGUCUCCAGUAAAGAUUCAGGCAUUGGAUCUAUUGUAGCUAAACUGAACUUAAGUCCAUCUCAAUAUAUAAAUGAGGAAAAUCUCCCUAUAUAUCCUGGUGAGAUUAAUUCCUUAGACUCUAUCAGUACAGAGAUUGAAGAAAAGGCUUUGACUGAAAUAAGCCACAAAGAGAUAUUACCAUUUGAAAACAAAAUGGAAGAAACCUGCAAUAUCCAAAAAAGGACCUGGGUACAAGAAGAUGAUGAUGUACCAGCUGAGAAAAAAGUCAGAAAAGCUGAUACUACACAAGAAAAGGAAAUUUUUGAUUACCACACUGAAGAGGAUAAUGAUAAAAAUGUUAACAGUGUAUUGAUAAAAAGCCUGAGCAGGACCCCGUCUAGUUGCAGCAGCUCUCUGGAUUCUAUCAAGGCUGAUGGAACCUCUCUGGACUUCAGCACACACCGCAAUAGCCAAAUGGAAUCACAGUUUCUUGAUGACACUAUCGGUGAAGAGAACUUGAGGGAGAAACUCAAGGAUGGGAGAAUUACCAUAAAGGAGUUCUUUAUACUUCUUCAGGUCCAUAUCUUGAUACAAAAACCUCGGCAGAGCAAUCUCCCAGCUAAAUUUACUAUAAACACAUCACCUAUUCCAGAAGACCUGAUGUUAAGACAGUAUGUUUAUGGACCUAAAAUACAGAUUUAUAGAGAAGAUUGUGAGAUUCUGCGCCAAAAGAUUGAAGAAUUAAAGGUGUCUGCAUUGAAUCAAGACAAACUUUUGACUGAUGUAAAUAGGAACCUGUGGGAAAAAAUGAGACAUUGUUCUGAUGAAGAGCUGAAGACCUUUGGAAUUUAUCUUAACAAAAUAAAAUCAAGUUAUACUAAGAUGACUAAAGUCUUCACUCAUCAAGGCAAAGUGGCUCUGUACAGCAAGUUGGUGCAUUCAGCUCAGAAUGAGAAAGAGAAACUUCAGAUAAGGAUAAAUGAGAUGGACAGCAUACUUAAGAAGAUCAAUAACUGUCUUACUGAAGUGGAAAUGGAAACUAAGAAUUUGGAGAAUGAAGAGAAACACAAUCCUACAGAAGAAUGGGACUCAGAAAUGAGAAUUGCAGAGGAAGAACUGGAACAGCUCAAAAUAGAAGAAGAGGAGCUUCAAAGAAAACUAUUAGAAGUGGAGAUACAGAAAGAGCAGGCUCUUAGUAGGAUACAAUUUACACAAAAACAAGUACACGAAACUGAAGAAUUACUGGAUCACUUGAGUUUGUCUGAGUGGAAUGGCAUUGAGUGGAGUGAUGAUCAAGCUGUAUUUACCUUUGUUUAUGACUCAAUAGAACUCACCAUCCUCUUUGGAGAGCCAGUAGUUGGUGUCCCAUUCUUGGACAAAACUUGCAGGGCGAUUGCUGAGCUCAAUUUUCAGUCUAUUUUAGAUGAAGAUAAAGCUCCUCCUUCCUCCCUUUUAGUGCAUAAGCUUAUUUUUCAGUACAUUGAGAAACAGGAAUCCUGGAAGAAGAAAUGUAUAACACAACAUCAAGUACCUCAGAUGCUUCAAGAACUCUCACUGGUAGUGAACCAUUGCAGACUACUUGGAGAGGAAAUUGAGUUUUUAAAGAGAUGGGGACCGAAUUAUAAUUUAAUGAAUAUAGAUAUAAAUGAUACCAAACUGAAGCUUUUAUUCUCCAGUUAUGCAGCAUUUGUGAAGUUUGAGAUAACUUUCUCUCUCUCAGCCCAUUAUCCAUUGACCCCAUUGCCUUUCACCAUUCAAAGUCACAUUGGAAAUACUGACCAUAAUGAAAUUGCUACCAUUAUAUCUAAAGUACCAUUUGAGGACAACUACCUGAAGAAUGUAGUCAAGCAAAUUUACCAAGAUCUACUUAAGAUCUACCACUAGACUGAUGGACAAUAUGUGUAACAAGAAAAAUACUUACCUGGGCUUGGUGGCACAUGCUUAUACUCUCAUAACUUGGGAGGCUAAGAUAGGAGAGUAUAAGGUCAGGCCAUCCAGAGCUACAUAGUGGGGCUUUGUUUCAAACAAAUGAAACAAAACUGUGCUUAAUGAUAUGCCAGUGUCUCCAUUGCUUUUAAAGGACUAGUAAAAUGUCUCUUGAUGAUGUUAUCCUUAAUUUGUAUCAUUACUUCUAAAAUCUCUAGUCAGAAAUGUGAAAGGCCUUAAGUUGCCUACAUUGUAGUUGCUUUAUUUUGUAUCUGAGGUUAAGUAGUAGGACACUUGGGGAAAUUUCUCCUGACUACAGAGGUAUUUGGGCUGGGAUAAAACUCAGUGGUAGCACACCUGCCUUAUAUGCAUAAAGCAAUAGGUUAAUAAAGUGGUGAUCUCUACUGUGGUAUAGUCCUAGUGAGCAGUUUUUAAGUAUAAGAAAAGAUGUUACCACUGACAAAAAGAUUAACUCCUUCCCCAUAUUUAAAUGUUCUGCAUAUUUUGAACUUUUUCCUAGCGUAUAUUUCUGGAGUAGAAACAUGUCUGUUGGCUGCCAGACAUAGUACACACCUAUAGUCCUAGCUACUCAGGAGACUCAAGCAGCAGAAUUACGUACUUGACCCUGUAUGUUCAAGACAAACCUAGGAUCUGUAGUGAUACCCUAUUAUUCAACAUAAACAAACAUGUCUACAAA